AAAGAUGUACGGCGCCUAGCCGCAGAAAAUCUCGGAGUGAUAGUUCCUAUAACAAAGGAAGCUGCUACUCUGGAUGAGUUCGCGCGUACAAGACUCGGAUUGUGCAGUCGAGAUGAUCAGAUUACUUCCUAUGCGGAGUUCAAAGUACAAAAAUACAGUCGUCGUCACGAACAACCCGUUCGUCGAUUACUUUGCCUUAGUGAAACAUGUCUUGUGGAACGUGAUCCAGCCACAUAUGCUGUCGUUUGCGCAACUCCAUUGGAACAGAUUGUAUGUCUCGUCCGUUUGGAAAAAGAUCCUCAACAAUUCGUAGUUGAGUACAUGAAUGCUGAAGGCAGAGUAUAUUCAGCUGCCGAAAGAGAUCUCAUUAUCGCUUCACUUGUUGAUGGUAUACGAGCUGCUGGGAAUGAGCAGGUCUUUGUAACCAGCCAUAGGUUUGAUCAACCACUACGAUUACUACCUCAUGGUCAACUGUUAGAUGAAGAUGGUGAAUCGCAAUGUAUGCGUCACGUUAUUGCACCUCCUCCUGGUCUGAAGCGCUCCGAUCUCAUUCGAAGAUUCAACGCAAAUAUUCCAUAUACGGGAUUAACGUAUUCAGUAUCUCAAGAAGGAUUUUUCACUGAAAACAAGGGAAAGGUCAUUGUUGGUGCACUGGAAGCGGUGCUAGGAGAAUGUUACGAGAAG